UGGCUCCUCCCCCAUCAGGAGGCGGGGCAAACAGGGCCAGGUAACUGCUAAGAUUGGCUGGCUAUGGAGGCUUGGUGAUCCAGCUUCUACUGUCACGUGGUGUGCGCUGUUUUCUUAUCACGUGGCUGCAGCGUAGCACAGGCUGCAUGAGGUGGGGGCGGGCUCCCGCGAUCCUGCUCGGCGGAGUGGCCGCUCUGCUCCUGUCGCUUCUUUGGAUGCCAGCGCUGCUGCCUGUGGCCUCCCGUCUUCUGUUGCUACCCCGAGCCCUGCUCUCCAUGGCCGCUGGAAGUCCCCCGUCCCAGCCCUCGCCGGCUUCGGGCUCCAGCUACGUCCCCGGCUCAGUCUCAGCAGCCUUUGUCACCUGCCCCAAUGAGAAGGUCGCCAAGGAGAUCGCUAGGGCUGUGGUGGAGAAGCGCCUAGCAGCCUGUGUCAAUCUCAUCCCUCAGAUUACAUCCAUCUAUGAAUGGAAAGGAAAGAUUGAAGAGGACAGUGAGGUGCUAAUGAUGAUUAAAACCCAAAGUUCCUUGGUUCCAGCUUUAACAGAUUUUGUUCGUUCUGUGCACCCUUAUGAAGUUGCAGAGGUGAUUGCACUGCCUGUGGAGCAGGGGAACUCCCUGUAUCUACAGUGGGUGCGCCAGGUCACAGAGUCUGUUUCUGACUCCAGCACAGUCCUACCAUGAGCAGCCCUGUCCCCACCAUGAUCCCCUCAUAUACAUCAGUGCCGCCGUCUGACUGCCAAGUGAUGACUGUGUCCCCAAUAAAUCUUACUUUGGUUC